UAGCUGCCAAAGCAGUAGCUGCCACUAGUGAGUUCAUUAUUGGUUUCUAUGGCGACAGAUCAGCCUAUCCUGAACAGCUAUUAGAUCGUACAGAAAGAUGCAUGUCUUUCUCUGUAAGUUCAGUACAGAGCACGUUGGAUUUCUUGUUCAGCUUGUCUUCAUGCAGCUUUUCUAAACUGCUGCAAGAAGUGGAUAAUCAUGCAGAGUUCACCAAGGAAGUGUUUGACAGUGAAUCUUUUUAGCAACUUUUUUCAAGGCCGGAGACAUUCUUCUUCUGAUCCUCUUCUUCGCAUACUCCACAGGCGACGGAGCUCAGUUGUAGAGGUUCUCUCAACUUCUACCCAUAGGGUUAUGGUAGCCAUUUCCUCUGUAAGCCCUGAGGAGCUAAAUGCUGCUUUCCUUGAGAAAAGAAGAAGACCUAGGCGUCCAACUGCAAAAUACACUAAAGUUGGAGAACGCCUUCGCCAUGUAAUUCCUGGUUCUAUGCAGUGCUCCAUGGCAUGUGGUGGUCGUGCUUGUAAAUACGAAAAUCCAACUCGGUGGAGUGAGGAGGAACAGGCUGUUAAAGGACUUUACUCAUCUUGGGUAACAGAUAACAUAUUAGCCAUGUCUCGACCCUCGACAGAAAUUAUUGAAAAAUAUAAUAUUAUUGAGCAGUUCCAAAGAUGUGGCAUAAAAACAGUAAUUAACCUUCAGCGUCCUGGGGAACAUGCUAGCUGCGGGAAUCCACUGGAACAAGAAAGUGGUUUUACUUACCUUCCUGAAGCUUUCAUGGAGGCGGGAAUUUAUUUUUAUAACUUUGGAUGGAAGGAUUAUGGUGUGGCUUCUUUCACUACUAUCCUCGAUAUGGUAAAAGUGAUGACUUUUGCCUUACAGGAAGGAAGGGUAGCUAUUCAUUGCCAUGCUGGACUUGGCCGAACAGGUGUUUUAAUAGCUUGUUACUUGGUUUUUGCAACAAGAAUGACUGCAGAUCAAGCAAUUGUUUACAUUAGGACAAAGAGACCUAAUUCAAUUCAAACUAGAGGGCAGCUGUUGUGUGUGAGGGAGUUCUCGCAGUUCUUAAUUCCACUAAGGAAUGUUUUUGCUUCUUGUGAGCCCAAAGCCCAUGCAGUUACCCUUCCCCAGUACCUGAUCCGACAGCGACAUUUGCUUCAUGGUUAUGAGAGCAGACAUCUCAAGUAUGUGCCAAAACUUAUUCAUUUGGUUUGCAAACUGUUGUUGGAUUUGGUUGAAAACCGGCAAAUGAUAGAGGAGGAAGUAGUAGAUUUACCAGAUCUGGCAGCAGAAAUUGAAGAGACUAUUUCCCAGUUAGAUAACACAGACCUUGAUGAAGAGUUAACAAGGCAAGACACUAACACUUCAGAGCCAUUCUCUCAUUUAGGAUCAACUGCUCUUCAUUUAGGCAGUCAUCAAUUGGAUCCUCUUUGGAAGAGGAGGAACGUUGACUACCUUCAGCCUCUGAGUCGUGCAAAAAGGCGCUUAAGCUACAGUGAAUCAGAUUUAAGGAGAGCUAUGUAUGUCUCUGAGCAUGGAGAGACACCGUGGUCAGUGCCUGUGCAAGUAUCACUCUGCGACAAAACAAAAGAAAAGAACAAGGAAGAGGAUUCUCAAACUCUCCGGUCUGAGAUAAACAAAGAAAUGUUAGUUCGAAGUACAUUUAGUUUCUGGAGUCAGGGUAAAUUUAAUUUAGAUAGAAAAGGACGUAGUUCUCCACUUUGCUAUAGAAUUAGACAUUCUAAAGAAGUACAGCGCAGUCAAACAUUUUCUUCAGGCCUUAGAUGUGAUCGGGAGGAAGAGGAUGAGAAAGAUGAAGAGCUAAGAGCAUUGAACUAUAGCUGUCGCAGAAAAUCUAGUAUGUAUGGUAGGAAAACAUGGUCCUCUGAGGAUUCAGACUCUUCCAAAGCAGAGUGUGACAGCCGUGACUUUAGAGAACUCAGUGAAUCAAUCCCCCAUAUUGUUGUGCAGUCAGAACUAACCCUGGAGGGCCGAAGAAUUUUAGCAGCUAAAGCUCUUGCAGAUCUAAAUGAAUUUAUGGGAGCAGAAGAAGUGAACAGCAAGGUGGAAAAGUGGCAGAAAGAAUUAAAUUCUCAAAAUGGAGCCUGGGAGAGGAUAUGUGCUGAGAGAGACCCUUUUAUCCUAAGUAGUCUGAUGUGGUCCUGGCUAGAACAACUAAAAGAACCCGUCUUAACUGUUGAUGAUAUUGACUUACUUGCAAAAAAUUGCAUAGACUCUCAAGAAGGACUUAAAUUGCUAGAAAAGGGAAAAUAUCAUACUCUGUUGUGUAUUUUUAAAUGUGUGGUGAAUUUAUGGGCAAUACCAACAGACUUGGAAGAACUUCUUCUUGAUCGUGCCAUCAAAGCAUUCACAAAGAUGAAUUCUGAUUCUGAGGGUGGCCCGUAUGUUUACAACACUCUAAGGAAGGUUUUCAAACAGAUACUGGAAUACCAAAGACAAAACUGCACAGAAGGAACAGGAAAGCUUGUCUGAUGUUCACACUUCUAAGCUGUAGUUCUCUGCAGCCCUCCAAAAUGACCUUUCAUUGCCAUCUAUUAUAAUUUGUAUUCCUUGGUUUGUGUUACCUAAUCUAAGUUGAUGUUAAUUAUUAAAUAACUGCAACUUGUUCAUUCAUAUAUAUGUUGAUAUUUUAAUGAGUUGCCACUUUGUACUGUAGCAUUAUGAUGCUUUGUUGUUAUAACAUUUUGUUAAUUUAGAUUUUUCAUUAAUAAAGUAUGUUUUUCAAGACAAACUGUUGCCAUAAGUUCAGUGCCAUGUUAUACAAUAGUUUAAUUAGUUGAUGUUUGUGCAUUAACAUUUUAAGUAUGCAUUAUGAUGUUUACAGCAGCGGUAUUAUACUUUACAUUGUGAUGCGUGAACAUUUUCUUAUAUUGACAACUGUUGUACAACUGUAUGGAUUUUCCUUGAGAAUUGAAAAAGAACUAAUUGUAUUGGCAAAACAAACUUCUAGGGCAAAAAUAAAUAGAAGUGCAGAAAUGCGCAGUCUAAAGGCCAUAGAUCCUUGUUAGAACACUGAAAAUAUUUUUAGUAUUAUAAGAAUUUAUUACUCUCCCUUUUGUUGGAAAAUGAAACAUGAGACCUGUAUUAUAUUGUUUCAGAAACCAAAAUUUAAAUAAACAGAAACAUUUAAUGUUUCCAGGUC